GCAGCUGACCAGAGGGAGUGUGUUGGUGAAGGGGUGAUGGUAUCAGGAGGUGAAACAGAGUGCGAGAGGAGAGAGUGACGAUAUGCUGAGUCUUUUAAGCGAGGAGACAGAGGACUAAGAGCAUGCUGAGUCCUAAGAUAAGGCAGGUUAGAAGAGCCCGGUCGAAAAGCAUGGUGAUGGGAGAGCACAGUCGAGUCUCCAGCAGACCAUCCUCACCCAGUCUACAGGAUAAAGCAUUAAAAUCGGGAUGGUUAAAGAAACAGAGAAGCAUCAUGAAGAACUGGCAGCAGCGAUGGUUCGUUCUCAGGGGAGAACAGCUCUACUAUUACAAAGAUGAGGAAGAGAAUAAACCCCAGGGUUCGAUCCACCUUCAAGGGAGUCAAGUGAACGAGUUCACAGCCAACCCUGAGGAGCCUGGCAAACAUCUGUUUGAAAUAGUUCCAGGGGGUGCUGGGGACCGGGACCGGGACCGGAUGGCUGUCAAUCAUGAAGCAUUUCUUCUUAUGGCCAACUCCCAGAAUGACAUGGAGGAUUGGGUGAAAGCCAUUAGACGAGUGAUAUGGGCUCCAUUUGGUGGAGGUAUAUUUGGACAGCGUUUGGAAGACACAGUCCAGUACGAGCGCAAGUUUGGAAAGCUGCUCGCUCCGUUAUUAGUCGAACAGUGUGUGGAUUUUAUCAGAGAGCAUGGCCUCACUGAAGAGGGCUUAUUCCGCAUGCCUGGGCAAGCCAACCUGGUCAAAGAACUCCAGGAUUCUUUCGAUUGUGGAGAAAAGCCUCUCUUUGACAGAAACACUGAUGUCCACACGGUUGCAUCCUUGCUGAAGCUAUACCUGAGAGAGUUACCUGAGCCAGUGAUCCCAUUUGCUAAGUAUGAAGACUUCCUGUCAUGUGCACAACUGUUGGCUAAGGAUCAAGAAGAGGGUGUCCAGGAACUGAUCAAACAGGUCACUAAUCUGCCUCAGGCCAAUUACAAUCUCCUGAAAUAUAUCUGCAGGUUUCUUGAUGAAGUUCAGUCUUAUUCAAGUGUAAACAAAAUGAGUGUCCAAAACCUCGCAACCGUCUUUGGACCAAAUAUUUUGCGUCCAAAACUGGAAGACCCAGUAACUAUUAUGGAAGGUACCUCUCUGGUGCAGCAUUUAAUGACCGUGUUGAUCAGUGAACAUGACAGACUUUUCCCCAUUAGUCACAGUGAUAUACUGACCCCUCAGCUCGAAGUGACAUCGGUGGGCAAGCGCUGCCUGGUGGAGUGGGUGUCUGAGGAAGAGAGCGGAGAGACAAAAAUGGACAAUAACCAAAUGGGGAGCAUCUGCAACAGCGCAGCCUCGCUGGACGUGAACAUCAGCACUCCUGUGACCGUCUCCAAAAAUGCAACUCAGGAACAAAUUGACAAACAGGUUCCUAUAAGCACCAGCCCAAGCAGAAAACUUCAGACACUCCCUGGAUGGAAAUAUUCAUUCAAACAGACUGGGGGAAGGUCCAGCAAUGCCAGACUCAGUGGUUCGACUUUAGAUAUUCCUCAUUUAACAGCCAGUGGGAAUUGGCUGAUGAACGGAUUAUCGUCCCUCAGAGGACACAGACGGACUUCCUCUGGGGAAAGAGUCAAAGAAACAGGCUCAUCACGCCUGUCGACAUACGACAAUGUCCCAUCGUCAAGCCUUUCCUUGAGCGUUGGGGACAGGCAGAGCAUCGCGAGUACCACCUGGUCAACAUCAUCCUGUGAGAUUUCAGUGGUUGAUUCCGGCAGCUCCGCGGUUUGCCAUGAGAGUGACUCUUCGGUGCUCAACUGCACAAAAACGGAUUGGCCUGUGCAGGUCACCCAGCCGCAGGAGGAAACGGAGAAGCUGGAGACCGACAGUAGGAUCGAGCAGCUUGACGUGUGCAUCAGCAGCAUGAGCUGUAGUGAGAACAGUGACUUGGUCACUGCGUCGAAUGACUCGGUCACCUGUUCGAAAGCACUUCAAAGUCUGGUGACAGAGCUCAAGUCAGAACUGACCAAACAAAGGGCAGAGUACGAAACCAGGAUUAAAAGGCUUGAAGGGUCAAGCACAGAGCUAAGAUUACAAGUGAACAGACUGGAAGAGGAGUUGGACCAAGGGAAGAAGAAAUACACCAUGCUUGAAAUAAAGAUGCGCAAUGCAGAACGGGCACGCGAAGACGCAGAGAAGAGAAACCAGCUUCUGCAGAAGGAGAUGGAGGACUUCUUUGCCACGUUAGGAGACUUGACACUGGAAGCCAAGGAAGCCAAACCCAAAUAGCAAAAUGUUGCUUUCCUGUUCUUAAAACUGCAAUGUGCAAGACCACAAAGACACCGUUUACACUUCAUUGACAUUUUAUAAGGAACGUAUGAAAUUUAUUUUUAAUGUUAUGGAUUAAUGCAUUGAGAGUAUUAAUAGACAAUUCCAUUUUGUACUACCUGUGUUUUUCUUUAUGUUGGAAAGGCUUGUAGCUCCCACAGGUUGUUUACAUAUUCACUUCCUGAAAAGAAUCUUUGGCUAAUUGCUUUGGCUUCUGGUUUAUCUCCAGGCCAGGGAGUGUGCCACCCUCUAUACCAUGCACAUUUGAGAAACAGUGGUGUAAUCUGAUGGGGCGAGACCACUCAUUUGGCCCCAAGGGUCCGGCAGGAGCUGCCUUUGUGUGCUUUCACAUUUUGGGUGGACUCAAAAUAACGUCCAUGAUAUUUGCACAGACUAUCAGACUGGUCAGGGCUGAACACAAUACCAAGUCAGUCAGUCCUUCACUCUUAGAGCCCAAGACAUCAAGUUUGAAUCCAAUUCAGCAACUUAUUUUAAAAGCUACCAGUUUAAGACAGACUGGACCAAUGGUAACAGGAAACCUGAGUUAUAUUGCCUGUCCCAGGUCUCUCACUGUUCCAUAAUGGAAUAAAAUCUUUCUGUAGAUAUGCACAAAUUACAAACUUACCAUCACAGUCACCUCAGUGCCAAGUUGAAUGGGCAGUUUGUUCUCUGUUAGCCAUAAAAGAUUAGAAAUUAAUCUGAAAAGUACUUAAAUUGAGCAAAGUGUACAGGAACUUUAUUAAGUGUAUUCUGCAUUAGUUAUGCUGUGCAAGUCUGCCUCCUGGAGGUGCACAUGUGCACAUCAAUUCAGUAAAUUUGAUUUGAGUGCAGUUUUAUUUGAAUGUUUGUAUCAGUAAGAAGCUGAUGUCAUUUGGCAUUGACAGUAAUGAUGAGAAAUUGAGAUUGAGCCCAAUCUGUAGAGGCAGAGAUUGAGAGGAGAGGAAAGCAAUUAGAAGACCAGCUGACUGGGCUAGGAACUGAAACAAAACACCAUCUCAGUAAGUCAUGAAAAUGCUUCUGUGAAAUGAUGCCUGAAUUCAGCAUCGUAAAAUGGCCCCUCUUUGUGGGGUUCUGGUGGCACAGUGGUAGUGUCCCUACCCCGAGGCAAAAGGCCCGGUUUCAAGUCCAACCUGCUUCUAAGAGAUGUCAUGAAGGUGUCUGAACGGAUUGAUUUAAAAAAAAAUCUAAAUUGCUACUCUUGUUCUCUGCUUUCCUCCCACAGUCCAAAGAUGUGUAGG